AUGGUGUUAACCGAGCAAAAACCUGAAGGUUCAAAAGUUCAAAAGAAUGGAGUUGCAGGAGGAGUUGGACUCAGCGAGAUCGAGUUUAGAAACAAUACAGCCGCUAUGGACACGCCGUCUAUGUCCGUCACUAAGGCCGACGGGGACGAGGAGGAGUGUGAGGUAUCAGAAGAUGACGGUAACGAGGACAGCGAGCUCGACUACACAAGAAACUACUGGGAAGACGAGGAUGACAUCUACCAGGAGUUCGAGGAGUUGGACUUCGAGUCGCUGCCGGACCGCUCGGACACCCGCAGCAUCGCCUCGGACGAUUCCUUCUAUCCGCUCGACAGUUCGGUCACCUCGGACUUGUACCGCUCUCCGAGCCCCGACAGCCCAGAGCCGAUCUCCUUCUUCAAGGCCUGCUGCAACAACAACGCCAUCAUCGUCAAAAUCAUGAUCAGGCAAGGGGUGACCGAAGAGGAAGUGAAGGAGACGGACAGGAACAGAAGAUCGGGCCUCAUUGUGGCGUGUUACCACGGCUACGUGGACGUGGUCAUCGCCCUGUCUCAGUGCCCAUACCUGGACGUUAACUGGCAGGACAACGAGGGCAACACGGCUCUCAUCACCGCAGCACAAGCAGGUCACCUGAUGAUCUCCAACUAUCUGCUCAACUACUUCCCCGGUUUGGACAUAGAGAGGAGAAACUGUCACGGCUUCACGGCGUUGAUGAAGGCGGCCAUGCAGGGCCGGGCCGAGUGCGUCAGAGCGCUCAUGCUGGCAGGAAGCGACAUCCAGGCGCGGGACUACGGCCGCAGGAUGACGUCCAGGGAGUGGGCUCUCUUCACCGGUCGAUACGAGACGGCCAACCUCAUGCACAGGCUGAUGUCCAAGCCCUGUGCCGAGCAGUUUUGUGACACCUUCUCCCUGGAGUGGCCCAUGCUGGAGGAGCUGGUGGCAGAGGCCCAAAAACCAACCAGCUGCUGGAGGCGUCUGAUCAACUUCCUGUCCUGCUGCCCCUACAACUUCUACAUCAAAAACAAGGUCAACCCUCUGGACGACGGCGUUCUGGAGCACAUGGUUCGGAUCACCACCAGCAUCUCCAGCCCCAUCAUCGCCACGGCGUGCCGCACGGUGAGCCCCGGCAGCCCGCCCUGCAUCGGGAAGCGUCGCCACGCCGUCCAGGAGAUCUUGAGGAGGCAGCGGGUGGCUCAGCUGAAGCUCCUGGGCCCGGACAGGCUGAACAACUACAAGAGACUCUUCCAGAACUCGCGGGUUCUCCUCAUCCCAAAGACGAGGGACCGGAGGGCCAGUCUGCAGCCCCAGCUGCUCAGCGACAUGGCGGCGGCGUCCACGGUGGCGAUCCGGCGGGCCAGCCUCCUGCCGCUCAAUAUGCUGAGGAGGAGCAGCGUGCGGCCGGGGCUCGUGGUGCCAAAAGUGAGGCUCUGCAAGGCUCCCGCUCCGAGCUUCGUCCCGGAGAAACUCAAACGGAGCAGAAACCAGAACCACCUCCAGAUCCCCAAGUGGGAAUACAAGAUGAAAAAAAUCGAGAGGAAGCGUGAGGAGGAGGAGAGGAAGAGACUGCUACCUCUGCUGAAGAGGAGGUGAAGACG